CAUGAUACCAAAGAAGAAGAACUGCUAAAGGUUAGGCUUUAGCUUCUGGAGAGCGUCAGAGAGGGAACGAGGGCGGCUACAUUUUUGCAAUGCCGAAUAAAGCGAAAAAAGAGAAGGAGUCGGGAAAAGUUGUAAAAACUGGAGGUCAAGAAAACGACCAUGAGCAGGGUUCCAAUAGGAAAGGCAGUAACAGCGUCCCUCCCGCCACUCAGCUGCUGAAGGGCAAGCAGCCGGGUUCCCAGACGCCGGUCAAGAAGGACAAGAGGCAGAGCUCGUCCCGCUUCAGCCUCAGCAACAACAGAGAGCUGCAGAAGCUGCCUGCCUUCAAAGAUGUCCCUCCGGCAGAGCAGGAAAAGUUGUUUGUCCAGAAGCUGCGUCAGUGCUGCGUCCUGUUUGACUUUCUGUCGGACCCUCUGAGCGACCUGAAAUGGAAGGAGGUGAAGCGGGCAGCACUCAGCGAGAUGGUGGAGUACAUCACCCACAACAGGAACGUCAUCACAGAGCCCAUCUACCCAGAGGUGGUGCACGUGUUUGCAGUGAACAUGUUCAGGACAUUGCCUCCAUCAUCCAACCCCACAGGGGCUGAGUUUGACCCAGAGGAGGAUGAGCCCACUCUAGAGGCCGCGUGGCCACACCUCCAGCUCGUCUACGAGUUCUUCCUCCGGUUUCUGGAGUCUCCAGACUUUCAACCAAAUGUGGCCAAGAAGUAUAUCGACCAGAAAUUUGUAAUGCAGCUAUUAGACCUGUUUGACAGUGAAGACCCUAGGGAAAGGGACUUUCUAAAGACCACUCUGCAUCGUAUCUACGGAAAGUUCCUGGGCCUGAGAGCGUACAUCAGGAAACAGAUCAAUAACAUAUUCUAUAAGUUCAUUUAUGAAACAGAACGUCAUAACGGAAUAGCAGAGUUAUUGGAAAUAUUAGGAAGCAUAAUCAAUGGCUUUGCCUUACCGUUGAAAGAGGAGCACAAGAUUUUCCUGUUGAAAGUGUUGCUGCCUUUACACAAAGUCAAGUCCCUUAGUGUCUAUCACCCACAGCUGGCUUAUUGCGUGGUGCAGUUUCUAGAGAAGGAUAGCACUCUCACAGAACCGACGGUGAUGGCUCUGUUGAAGUACUGGCCGAAGACACACAGUCCAAAGGAGGUGAUGUUCCUCAAUGAGCUGGAGGAAAUCCUGGACGUCAUCGAACCCUCUGAGUUCGUCAAGGUCAUGGAGCCUCUCUUCAGACAGCUGGCCAAGUGUGUGUCCAGCCCUCACUUCCAGGUGGCAGAGCGAGCGCUGUACUACUGGAACAAUGAGUACAUCAUGAGUUUGAUCAGUGACAAUGCUGCCAGGAUCCUCCCUAUCAUGUUCCCCUCGCUCUACCUCAACUCCAAGACCCACUGGAACAAGACGAUCCACGGUCUGAUAUACAACGCCCUGAAGCUCUUCAUGGAGAUGAACCAGAAGCUGUUUGAUGACUGCACACAGCAGUUCAGAACAGAGAAGAACAAAGAGAAGGCCAAGUGGAAAGAGAGAGAAGAGGCGUGGGUGAAGAUUGAGAAUCUGGCCAAGUCCAACCCUCAGUUCCUGGUGUACGUGGACCCGUCAGACCUGGGUAGUCCUAUGGAGACAGACGGACCAAUGAUGGAGGAUGUUAACAUCUUGAAGAAGACCAUAGAGGAAGAAGCCACGCAGCUCCAGAGGAAUGAGCGUAAGGAGCGUCCGCUGGUCAGGAGGAAGUCUGAGCUGCCUCAGGACAUCUCCACCGUCAAGGCCCUGGAGACGCACCGGAGGGCCAAUGAUAUGGUCACACCACACGACGGACACUAAAGACACACGCACGUACACGAGCAAACACGUACAGACAGUCUCUCUCUCUCUCACUCUCACACACACACACACACACACACGUACAGACAGUCGCACACACAGACGUACAGACAGUCUCCCUCUCUCUCACACACACACACACACACACACACACGUACAGACAGUCACACAUACACAGUCAGACACCACAUACUGACAGACAGACCAGCCCCGGGGGGCCCAGAACAGUCCAGACCAGAAUAGAACAAAACAGAAUGGCCUGGCUGAAAGAAGCUGCAGCUCAAACAACUCCACCAGUCCAACUCUGAAGUGUUCCCCAGUUUGCUGCAGCCCUGCCCAGAGAUGUCAAUGGCACAGGACUGUAUGACAUGACCACCAAACAUGACAUUGUUGCCCUCCCUCCCUCUCUCUGUCUUGUAAAAGCAGUGCUGUCCCCUUGUGGUCAUUUUUCUCAGGUCUUCUGUUAUUGUUUUAAUUUGUUGGGUUCUUUCUGUUUUUCUCUCAUCCUCAUUCUAGAUGUCAUGUGCACUGGCAAUAGGAUUGGCAGACAGACAUGUAUUAUAGAUGCAUACUGUACGUAAUGGGCGAAGGAAGAAGCAAUUUAGUCUCCUCUCUCGCUCUCUCAGCAUAGAGAGGAAAGCACAGUCCUUCUCUCUCAUGUUUAUUCUUUGUUGCCUAGUUACUGCUGCUAUUGCCAUAAGCGUAAUAUUUUUCUUGUGUUCUGCUAGGAUUGAUUUGAUGGGAGGGGAAUUAUUGGGGACCGCCAAGAGACGUAAUAAAGUUGUGGCUCUAAAUGUGCUUGGCUUAGUGAAAGGGGGGUUCUUCUGUCCACUGGACAUCAGCUGGUCUGUACAGACCUAGUUUGGUUCCAACCUCACGCUUGCUUUUUCUUGCUUUUUUAAAAACUUAUCCACCCUUUCUUCGCUCUAUGAUAUUGUAGGCAAUAAGUUGCAGUGUGUUUGGUUGGUUUGAACAAUGGUUAAUGGUGUUCUAAAACUGAGGGCACAGCACAUCAAUUGUUUUCUGGAUCCAUUGGAGUUUACUGUCCAUGUGAACACGUCAAUCCCAUUCCCUGUCGGUCUGUUCGUGUCUUCAUUCAUAAUCAGUAUUGAUCAAGACAUCCAAGUCAUGUUAGUGUUGUGAAAGCUGAGGUCUGUGUUCUAGUUCAGUGUUUACAGACUCUCAUUGAGCUGUAGUGUGGGAGGAGCCGUACUGGGCUACACACAGGAAUACCUGCUCCUCACUGCUCUCUACUCUUCAUAACCACUUUCUGAUGUUGCUUUUAUACCUUGAUAACUAAGUAGCCUAGUUCAGUCACAUAAGAUCAUUGUCUGUAGUCAGUCAAAAUUCAUCAAGCCUUUCCUUUCAUAGUGCCUUUAUUGUACAAGCGGCUAAACUGAGAGUAGAAUAGCAGUGUUAUGUGAAUGCAGAACCAUGUUCAAUUUAGCAUUAGCUUCCCAACAGACCAGAGAGACGCACGUUGAAACACAAUGACACUCACACCUACCCACAGAGUAUUUAGGGCCAUGUUUAGUGUAAAACGCAUACAAGUUGUUUUUGUUAAAUCUACAAAGCAGAUCAAUGAUUGUGGUCAAGCUAGAGAGGAGUGGGUAAGCCCCAAAGACUUAAGAUAGAAGCACUUCCUGAUAAAACUUGAAGAAUAAAAACCCAAGAUCCAAAAUGAAUUAAUCAUUCGUGCUGUCUGGUCUGUUUAGUCACGUCAGUUCCUCUGUGUGCCUGAUGGAAAAACGUGUAGAGAAGGAUGCUUCUCAUUCAACCUGAUCUUAUUACCCCUCGCCCUGUUCCAUUUAGGACGUCCCCCAAAUGGCACCUUAUUCCCCUAUGGACCGUGAUCGAAAGAAGUGCACUAUAUAGGAAAUAGUGUGCCAUUUUAAGAUGCACCAUUGUUUGAGUCCCCAGACAGACAUGCACUCUGGCUGUAUCCCUGUAGAGAAGCUCUGUGUGAGACACUACUUCUGGAUGUGUGCAGGGUCUUUUUCAUUGCCUGCAAAAACUCUGAUGUUCAGAUUGAAUGUGCAAAUUGUAAAUAUAUUACUAUCAUGACGUUU